UGCCAAGUUGCUGCUGUCGACCCUCGCCGCUCCUUUAACGGCUACUCCGUCAACUUGCAAGCUGCAUCGACCCUCGCCGCCCUAUAAACCAGAUUCAAAGGCCUGCAGCAGUUUAUAAACUAGAAAAAACGAUAAAAGAAUAAAAAGAAAAAAAAAUUGAAGUUCCAUUUUGAUCUCUCUUUUCACCAUGAAGUUUCUUAAACCCUUCAAUCCCAAUUCCUUUCACCACCAUCCCAAACCAUUCUCAACUCUCUCCCUUCUCACCACUCCCCCAACCCCACCAAUCACCCAAACAACCCUCCUCAAUUCCAUCAAAUCUUCUCAGUGGCAUUUCAUCAAACACCUUGCCCCACACCUCACCCCUUCCCUCCUCUCUUCCACUCUUCCCCACCUUCACCAAAACCCAACCCUCGUCCAAACCUUCCUCUCCCACCUCAACCACCACCCUCAUUGCCUCGACCUCACCACCCGCUGCCUCGCCCUCUGUAUCCUCUACCGCCUCCCAUCCUCCACCCCCUCCCUCCAAAUCCUCCACCCCAUCAUCCACACCACCUCCCCCUCUAUCCUCUUCAACCAAAUAUCACUAUCUCGAAACCAUCUCAACACAAAAACCACCGUCGUCUUCGACAUUCUCCUUACCGCUUAUUGCCAAUUCAAAAAACCCAAUGAGGCACUUGAAUGUUUCAAUUUAAUGAAACAAAACGGAAUUCUCCCCAAUACCGAGACUUGCAAUCGGGUUUUGAGUCUCUUCCUUAAGCUUAAUAGAACCCAAAUGGCAUGGGCUUUUUACGAAGAUAUGUUUAGGAUGAAGAUUAAAUCCAGUGUCUUCACUUUUAACAUUAUGAUCAAUGUCUUGUGUAAAGAAGACAAAUUGAAAAAGGCUAAGGAGUUUAUCGGCCACAUGGAAGUUCUUGGUGUGAAGCCUAAUGUUGUUACUUAUAAUACACUUAUCAAUGGAUACUGCUUAAAAGGUAAGUUUCGAGAAGCUCGUUUGAUUUUUCAGACUAUGAAAGAUAAAUGUCUUAAACCAGAUAGUUACACGUAUAAUUCUUUUAUUUCGGGGUUGUGUAAAGAGAGACGGAUUGAGGAGGCGUCUGAUUUACUUUGUAAAUUGUUGGAAUCUGGAUUGGUUCCUAAUGUUGUAACAUACAAUGCUUUGAUUGAUGGGUGUUGCAAUAAAGGGAAAUUGGAUAUGGCUUUUGCUUAUAGGGAUGAGAUGAUUACUAGAGGCAUAAUGCCUUCUCUUGUCACGUAUAAUUUGUUUAUUCAUGCAUUGUUUUUGGAGAAAAAGUUGGUGGAAGUCGAUGAUAUGAUCAAAGAGAUGCGAGAAAAAGGGAUGGAACAUGAUGUUGUUACGUAUAAUAUACUGAUUAAUGGGUAUUGUAGGUGUGGGGAUGCGAAGAAAGCCUUCACCUUUUAUAAGGAAAUGGUAGAGAAAAGGAUUAGACCAACAUUGGUAACGUACACGUCGCUUAUUGAUGUUCUUGGGAAAAGGAGUAGGAUGAGCGAGGCUGAUGAGAUGUUUAAGAAGACUAAAAAAGAAGGUCUGCUGCCGGAUAUCAUAAUCUUCAAUGCAUUGAUUGAUGGUCACUGUGCAAAUGGUAACAUCGAUCGUGCAUUUCAACUCUUGAAAGAGAUGGAUGAUGCAAAGGUUGUUCCUGAUGAAGUCACUUACAAUACUUUGAUGCAAGGGUACUGCAGAGAAGAGAAAGUGGAAGAAGCUCGGAAACUUCUUGAUGAGAUGAAGAGAAGGGGGAUUAAUCCUGAUCAUAUUAGUUACAAUACACUUAUUAGUGGUUACAGUAAAAAAGGUGACAUGAAAGAUGCUUUAGAAGUUUAUAAUGAAAUGUUGUCUAUAGGAUUUCAUCCUACCAUUCUUACCUACAAUGCUCUUAUUCAAGGCUAUUGCAAAAACGGUGAAAGUGAGUAUGCUGAAGAGCUUCUAAGAGAAAUGAACAGAAAAGGCAUUACUCCUGAUGACAACACGUUCCUAUCUUUAGUUGAGGCAAUGGAGACAAAUGAUGACCUAGUGGAAAAUGAUGAUAAAUGAGGUUGUGCUUAUCUUCAUUUACUUGGAUAUUGAAUAGACAAAGAGCUAUGCUAGACGAAAGUAAUUUAUUCAGGGACUUGUGUGGAAUCUUCUUUAUGUGGAGUUGAUACAUAUUGUCUUGGUACUCUUGAUUUUACAAGCUGCAUCAUUGAGCAAACAUGAACAUGCGCCUGAUUAUGAAGGUCGGCUGAAUAGAGGUUCUUGUACAAGUGUAACGUACAUGACUCAGCUAUUAUUUAUUUCAAUAAUUAUGUUCUUGUUUCCAUUCAUCAAUAGAAAAAUAAUAGAACCAUUGAGUCUGGCUUUCUUUUUUAGUACAUAGAAUUAUCCACAAAGGUUGUUCAAAGCUGCAUUGCCUUAAUUAAUGUCAAAGGACAAUAGACGCCAAUGUCUUUCAAUCUAAUCCAAUUUAUGUCUGAAGUCAUUUUUUUUUGCUUUGAAUAGAGUUUUUUGCUAGCUAUUAUGAUUGAUGAGCUUCUGGAUGUGAAUAAAAUUCUGCCGUCAAAAUACCUCGUCUUUCAGCUUGUUUCAUAAGAUAUACAAGAUGCUGCGGCACGUGGCGUGUUCGGAAUUUCUAGGAGGUUAGGCUGUAACUAGCAAGGAAAUAUCCCUUAUCCUAUUUUUUCAAUUAUCUGUAAUGAAUCCUUUUCUGCUGUAAACCUUGAUCCAUAUGCUGCGGCAAGUGUCAUAAGAGAUACAUAUGCCGCGGCACAUGGCCUAGUUGGAGUUUCUAGGAGAUCAAGCUUUAGAACAUGGCAAGGAAAUGUCUCUGAUCCUAUUUUUUCUAUUAUCUGUAAUGCAUUAUUUUCUGCUGUGAAUUGAAAUGAGUUUUCGGUUUUCCUGGCCAACAAAAAACCAGACACCGAAAUUCUGUUUCGGUUAGAAUCAAUUCUACCCAACCCAAAGUUGGUUUUACUGAGACACUACAGAAACCAAACACCCCAGGUUAUCAGUUGAAAUUUGAAGACAAACUGUAAGUUACAUACAGUUUAUUUUAACAUGCUAGUAGCAGUUUAACAGUGCUAAACAUAAAAAAAAACAACAAAUAAACAAAUAUAAUCACACGUAAAUUUGUUUAUUAUUUUACUUUGUACAAAAUAAUGCUGCCAAAUUCACCACUUCACAGAUGAUACGACACUUUUGUCUCUACUUGAUAAAUGACCACAAUCUUCUCUAAAGAAGUUGCAACAUAAAAGCUAAAUUUUUCAAUGGAUUUUCUAAUAUAUAUCCAUAUAUCUUGAAGUGGAAGUAACAGUCCAUGCUUGAUCUACCCUUGUUUAUGCCACUUAUCAGUCAUUCAUUGGCCAAGUUAGUUUUUCUUCUCUUUCUUGUUAUGAAAUCGUGUUCUAACUCCUAACUCCUUCUACUUUAAAUAUACUUUUUCUUGGUCAAGAACUUAAAGUUUAAAAUGACAUUAUUUUAAAUUUGGAAGAAGAUACAAAAUAAUAGACACACAACUUUGUCUCUUUCACUAUCAGUGACUUCUUUCUACAUGAAUUUCAUGUAAGACUAUGUACAAUGGGGGUGUUGAAAUUUUUUUUCAACUGUUGAAAUCAUGCAAUGGUAUGUUUAAUAGCUUGUUUAAUAUGAUGUGGAUUACUUUGUGUUGAAAGA